AUGCGCCUCACGACUGCUGCAGCGGCAGCGGCCGUGCUGGUCGGCUCCGGCGCCGGCCUCACCCUCGACGUGCCGGCGGCCACCAACGUCGUCGUCGUCGACAUACUCCCGCACCCCGCGCAAAUCACAAGCAGCCCGUACAAGCGCGGCGACAACGCCAGCUCCUCUGCCGGCGGCGGCAGCGGCGGCUUCAACAAGACGUGCGCGCACUCAGUCUACAGCAGGGCCUUUAGCCGGUCCGUCGCCAACGCCGAGCUGAGCGCCGCGCUGCGCUCCUCCCUCUCCGUCAGCGGUGCGUCGCCGCACCCCUGGCAGGGCAACCUCUGCACCGUCACGCUCCCCGCGAGCCUCGAGCCCGACUACCUGGCCUACCUCGCCGCCGCCAGGAGCAGGUACACGAGCGCGACCGACUACCUGCGGAGCGUGCACACCGACUGCGGCGGGCCCGUGUUCCAGGUCAGCGUCCGGCCGCUCUGCACAAAGAGCUCCCUGACGGCUGUCUUUACCGGGGGGUCGGGGUCGUCGUCGUCGCCCAAGACGACGGUGCUGCCACCCGUGCCCCCAAGCAAUGGCGUCAGCAUCGAUGUCUAUACCGGCAACGUGAGCAUGAUCAACCUCGCCGCCAACGACGAGGACUCGGCCGCCACCGCUGCUUCUGAAAGGCGGCGCUCUGUGGCGGCGGUGGUGGCGCUCAUGGUCGGUGCUGCUGUUUUGAUGCUGUGA